AUGAGCCAGUCCGCAGACGAGGCCCGAGCGGCCAGGAUACAGAAAUAUAAGGAAGAGCGCAGGAAACAGCUGACAGCUAGAACAGCCACUUUAUUUUCUGCUAAUGUGACUGAAAGACGUCCAAGAAAAGGAGCUGGUCGAUCUCCAUUAGAAGAUACAGUUACAAAUCUUAAGUCUUCCUCCGAAUUAAAUUUGAAUACAGCCUCAACUUCAGUGCCUAUUAGAACAACGCGAACGUCACGUCUAAGAGCCGCCGCUGCCAACAACUCUGACUCUUGCCAGUCGCCAAAAAAAUCCAACCGGAGUUCUUCCGUACUAUCUCUAUUAGAAGAAGAAAAAAAUAAAUCACCUAAAACUGCCAAAAUAGUUGAUAGAGAUAAAACGCGAAUAAAUUCCAAUAGAAGACAGAGUCACGAAAAAGAAAACUUGAAAAUUGCGACCACAAGCUUCUUAGAGAAAGAAAAUGGUGCUAUUAGAUCAAAACUUAAACAUUCCAGUAAUAAAAAUAUUUUAGAAAAAGACAAAAGUAAUUUUUUAGUUAGUAGUCCAAAAGGAAAAAUUGUUGACGAAAAGAAUUUUUUAAAGUUAGACGAGAAACAGAAAAGGAUAUCUUUGACUGAUGAUUCUAAAAUAAGUAGUGUAAAUGACGAAGAUAAGAGUAUUAAUGUUGAUGACAUUUUGAAUGAUAUCCUUAGCGAUAAAAAUCUUUCCAAUAGUUUGGAAAAGGACAGAUUUGAAGACAUAUACAACGACUUGAUUGAAGAUAAAAGUAACGAGAUACAAGUGGAUGUUUUGAGGGGAGAUAAUAAACUAGAAAAUGAGCUUAAAAGUAGUCACAGUAAUUCAUACAUUCCUAUUAAAGAAUCCGUAGCUAUUAAUAAAGUUGAUAAAGUGAAAAAUGAAAAUGGUGUAGUGCCAAAAUUAGUGAAAAGCGAAGUGGGGUUAUUAGGUGCCGUGUGUGUUCGUAAAGUAGAAAGAUUCAGUGAAUUGCUCAGUAAUCUUUGUUCUCCUUGCGAAGCUGAUAUAUUGUUUGAGGACAUUCUCGUCGAAAAUGGGAUAAACGGUGCAAAUGCCUCGCGUGCAAAAGCACCAGAAUGCACGCCGCCAUGCCGCCGCGCGCAGCCCCGUGUCACGAGCACGCCAAAGCGGGUGAACGAUGCGCGUGCGCAACCCAACGACGCAGACGGUAAGUCGCCAUUCGCUAAAUUGUUUGUGAUUGCAAAACAAGAUUGCGAACAUUGC